AUGCAGGUAGAGUGCUGGAAGGGAGGUUAUCCUGGAACAGAUAAGCCCAGUGAUUCGCAAACAUCGCCAUCGUCAUUAGCGCCAGCAGCAGAAGCAGCGUCAGUGCUAACCAUUGCUUGGGACACUAAAUGGCCUCCAAACUGCGACAACAUUCUCUCUCAACUGGUACACGACUCUAAUGUACAGUUAGCGCAGUUUCGAAAUGUGGUCCAGUGUAUUGGUACGGGACAAGAUGGACUACAACUUCGUAGUGAUGUUGAUUCGUUUGGUCGGACUUGCAUUAGAGCUUGUGAAGCGGCCAAAAGUUGCAUUCUACCUCAACUUCGCCAUGAAAGUGUUGAAUUUACCCGACAUGCAUCGCAAUUUAUUGGUUGUGUAAAUGCGUGCGUCGUUGAAAUGCGACGUUGCGCAGCGCUCGAACGUACGUUCCCAAACGGUGAGCCAUGCAUUACUCAACAGCAAAUCGAACAUAUGGAAGAAAUGUUGGAAACAUUAGAAAAUUUGAUCACUGUACAUUAUUCAACCAGUGAAUCAUCCCCAGCCGAACGUGUCACGCCAAGACGACGACGCGCUACCAACUGUAGACCCGCCUGUGUGUGCUCAAAAUUGAAAACCAGCUAUGCAUAG